GUCAUUCCCUUCGUGAAAUUGAUAUUGAAUUAAUGAAACGCCUUAGUCCACGUGUCAACGUCAUUCCAGUUAUCGGUAAAGCCGAUACGUGUACACCAACCGAAUUAGCAGAAUUUAAGCGGAUGAUUAUGGAGGAUAUCGAACAUUAUAACAUCCCAAUCUAUAAUUUUCCAUUUGAUGUUGAAGAAGAUGAUGAAGAAACAGUUGAAGAGAAUAGUGAAUUAAGGGCCCUCCUACCCUUUGCCAUUAUUGGCAGCGAAGAAGAAAUUACC